CCCCCAGGAGGGUGGCAGACUGAGGUGGCUCUGCCCAUAGGGCUUUGUUCCUUCUCCACCCAGCAACCUCCUACACAUCCUUCAAGGCCCAGCUCAAGAGCCUCCCAGACGCCACCAGACAGAGGCAGUCACAUCUUCCAAGGGCACCACUGGCUCCAGCAAGUGACCUGGGCAAGUUUCCACCUUACAUAGCCUCAGCCUGGUGCUCCACGAUUGGGGUAAGCUUCUGCCUCAGGCCAUGAUGGGGUGCGGUUCUGAGUAGCUGCUGCCUCUAGGAGGACCUCGUUGGCAGCCCAGCUGAUCUGGACAGAGCCCUACCAGCUGGAUCUCUGCUGGCAGGAACAAUGGCAGAGGCCGGAGAUGGUGCACUGUCGGUGGCUGAGUGGCUGCGGGCGCUGCACCUAGAACAGUACAGUGGGCUGUUCGAGCAGCAUGGACUAUUGCGGGCCGCCGAUUGCCACGGCCUCAGCGAUGCUCGCUUGCUGGACAUGGGCAUGCUACUCCCUGGCCAUCGUCGCCGCAUCCUGGCUGGCCUGCUCCGCGCCCAUGCGCCCCCAGCCCCUGCGCCUCGCACCACCCCACGGCCUGUGCCUAUGAAACGCCACAUCUUCCGCUCACCGCCUGAGCCCACCACUCCACCCGAACCACUGCCCACUGCUGGAGAGGAUGAGGGGCUGCCCGCCGCCCCCCCAAUCCCGCCCCGAAGGAGCUGCCUUCCACCUGCCUGCUUCUCCACCCCACCCGUAGCUGCCCCAGACCCUGUGCUGCCUCCACUGCCUGCCAAGCGGCUUUUGGCAGAGCUGAGCGUGCCGCCUGUGCCCCCUCGCACGGGAUCCCCCCGCCUGCUGGUGAGCCUUCCUUCCAAGGAGGAAGAGGUAUUGCUGCCAUCACUGUCAUCUCCCCAGCCAGAGCCUAAGGAGCCCCCAUCCACCCUCCCCCGGGGGCCUCCCCAGCCCCCCUCUCCACCUCCCAGUCCACCUGAGAUUCCCCCGAAGCCUCUACGACUGCCCCCAGAGUUUGAUGACUCUGACUACGAUGAGGUCCCAGAGCAGGGGCCGGGGGCCCCAGCCAGCGUGAUGACUAAGAAGGAGGAGCCCCCACCAAGCCGAGUCCCACGGGCCGUGCGUGUGGCCAGUCUGCUGAGCGAGGGGGAAGAACUGUCGGGGGACGACCAAGGGGAUGAGGAUGAGGAUGACCACGCCUACAAGGGCAUCCUCAACAGUGGAUGGCACACUGGCAGCCUGAGCUUGCCCUUGCCCAGCAGCCCCCUGAUCCCUGAGCUCCCACCACACCCCAUGGACGAGCUGUCUGGGGGUACCACCCCUAUCACACCGGUCAUCCAGGCUGGCUGGCUGGACAAGAACCCACCACAGGGAUCUUAUAUCUAUCAGAAGCGAUGGGUGAGACUGGAUGCUGAGUACCUGCAGUACUUCGAUAGUAACAAGGACACCUACUCCAAGCGUUUUGUCCCUGUGGCCUGCAUCUCCCGCGUGGCUGCCAUCGGGGACCAGAAGUUCGAAGUGAUCACGAACAACCGGACGUUUGCCUUUCGGGCAGAGAGUGAUGCUGAGCGGAAGGAGUGGAUGCAGGCCCUGCAGCAGGCCAUGGCUGGGCAGCGUUCCCGGGCCCGGCUGUCUGAUGCCUGUCUACUGGGAGCUCGAGGCCCAGAGCUGCCUGACCACGCUGGCAGCCUGGAGCUACGUGGCUUCAAGAGUAAACUGUAUGUGGUCGUGGUCAGGGACAAAGUACAGCUCUACAGGAAUCUGGAGGAAUACCACCUGGGCAUUGGCAUCACCUUCAUUGACAUGAGUGUGGGCAACGUGAAGGAAGUGGACCGGCGCAGCUUCGACCUCACCACACCCUACCGCAUCUUCAGCUUCUCAGCCGAAUCGGAGCUGGAGAAGGAGCAGUGGCUGGAGGCCAUGCAGGGAGCCAUUGCCGAGGCCCUGUCCACCUUGGAGGUGGCUGAGCGCAUCUGGGCUGUGGCCCCCAACAGGUUCUGCGCUGACUGCGGGGCUGCCCAGCCUGACUGGGCCUCCAUCAACCUCUGUGUCGUCAUCUGCAAGCGCUGUGCAGGAGAGCACCGUGGCCUGGGCCCUGGCAUCUCCAAGGUGCGGAGCCUGAAGAUGGACAGGAAAGUGUGGACGGAAACACUCAUCGAGCUCUUCUUACAGCUGGGCAAUGGUGCCGGGAACUGCUUCUGGGCAGCCAAUGUGCCCCCCAGUGAGGCCCUGCAGCCCAGCAGCAGCCCUGGUGCCCGGCGGCGCCACCUGGAGGCCAAGUAUCGUGAGGGCAAAUACCGCUGCUACCACCCACUCUUUGGCAACCAGGAGGAGCUGGACAAGGCCCUGUGUGCUGCAGUCACCACCACAGACCUGGCUGAGACCCAGGCACUCCUGGGCUGUGGGGCUGGGGUCAGCUGCUUCUCAGGGGACCCUGAGGCCCCCACACCCCUGGCUCUCGCCGAGCAGGCAGGGCAGACACUGCAGAUGGAAUUCCUUCGGAAUAACCAGACCACAGAGUUACCUCGGCUGGACCCAGUGAAGCCCCUGGAAAAGCACUACUCAGUUGUCCUGCCCACUGUGAGCCACAGCGGCUUCCUCUACAAGACUGCUUCCGCUGUCAAGCCACUGCAGGAUCGCCGUGCCCGGGAAGAGUUCAGCCGACGCUGGUGUGUCCUUAGUGAUGGAAUUCUGAGCUACUACGAGAAUGAGCGGGCAGUGACACCCAAUGGAGAAAUUCGGGCCAGCGAGAUUGUAUGCCUGGCAGUGCCCCCUCCCAAUACACACAGCUUUGAACACACCUUUGAGGUGUACACGGAGGGAGAGCGGCUGUACCUGUUUGGGCUGGAGAAUGCGGAGCUGGCUCAUGAGUGGGUCAAGUGCAUUGCCAAGGCAUUUGUGCCUCCCCUGGCUGAAGAACUGCUAGCCCGGGAUUUUGACCGGCUUGGCCGCCUACCCUACAAAGCUGGCCUGAGCCUGCAGCGGACCCAGGAGGGCUGGUUCUCCCUCACUGGCUCCGAGCUCCGCGCCGUCUUCCCAGAGGGGCCCUGUGAGGAGGCGCUGCAGCUACGGAAACUGCAGGAGCUUUCCGUCCAAGGGGACAGUGAAAACCAGGUGCUGGUGCUGGUGGAGCGACGGAGGACGCUGUACAUUCAGAGGGAGCGGCGGCUGGACUUCACAGGCUGGCUGUGGGCCAUCCAGAAAGCAGCAGCCAGCUCAGGGGACACGCUGUCGGAGCAGCAGCUUGGGGAAUCGGACAUCCCGGUGAUUGUGUACCGCUGUGUGGACUACAUAACGCAGUGCGGCCUGACCUCCGAGGGCAUCUACCGCAAGUGUGGGCAGAUUUCGAAGACCCAGCGACUUCUGGACAGCCUGCGGCAGGAUGCACGCUCUGUGCGCCUCAAGGAGGGCGAGCAGCACGUGGAUGAUGUCUCCUCUGCGCUAAAGCGCUUCCUGCGGGACCUGCCUGAUGGACUCUUUACUCGUGCCCAGCGCCUAGCUUGGCUGGAGGCCUCAGAGAUCGAGGAUGAGGAGGAGAAGGUCUCUAGGUACCGAGAGCUUCUGGCACGUCUGCCCCCAGUCAACCGUGCUACUGUGAAGGCCCUUAUCAGCCACCUGUACUGUGUCCAGUGCUUCUCAGACACGAACCACAUGAACAUACACAACCUGGCUAUUGUGUUUGGGCCCACACUCUUCCAGACAGAUGGGCAGGACUACAAGGCUGGCCGUGUGGUGGAAGACCUCAUCAGCCACUAUGUGGUGGUGUUCAAUGUGGACGAGGAGGAGCUGAGGAAGCAGCGGGAGGAAAUCACUGCCAUUGUGAAGAUGCGUGUGGCUGGCACUGCCAGUGGAACCCAGCAUGCUGGUGACUUCAUCUGCACCGUGUAUCUGGAGGAGAAGGCAGCGGAAACAGAGCAACAUAUCAAGAUUCCAGCAUCCAUGACAGCUGAGGAACUCACCCUGGAGAUCCUGGAUCGCAGGAAUGUGGGAAUCAGGGAGAAGGACUACUGGACCUGCUUUGAGGUCAACGAGAGGGAGGAGGCAGAACGCCCUCUGCACUUUGCGGAGAAGGUGCUGCCGAUCCUGCACGGGCUGGGCACAGACAGCUAUCUGGUGGUGAAGAAGCACCAGUCCAUGGAGACCAUGAUGCUCUACCUGGCCAGCCGUGUAGGUGACACUAAGCAUGGCAUGAUGAAGUUCCGUGAGGACCGCAGCCUCUUGGGCCUGGGCCUGCCCUCUGGUGGCUUCCACGAUCGCUACUUCAUCCUCAACAGCAGCUGCCUGCGGCUCUACAAGGAGGUCCGGAGCCAGAGGCCAUGGAGCGGGGCCCCUGAGACCAGUCAUCGGCCUGAGAAAGAGUGGCCCAUCAAGAGCCUCAAAGUCUACCUAGGAGUGAAGAAGAAACUCCGGCCACCUACCUGCUGGGGCUUCACAGUGGUGCAUGAAACAGAGAAACACGAGAAACAGCAGUGGUACCUGUGCUGUGACACGCAAAUGGAGCUCCGGGAGUGGUUCGCCACCUUCCUGUUUGUGCAGCAUGAUGGCCUAGUGUGGCCCUCGGAGCCCUCACGUGUCUCUCGGGCGGUGCCUGAAAUCCGGCUGGGCAGUGUAUCACUGAUCCCCCUGCGUGGCAGCGAGAACGAGAUGCGCCGGAGUGUGGCCGCCUUUGCCGCGGACCCCCUGUCUCUCCUCCGCAACGUCUGAGCACAGGAGCUGAGCCGUAGUGCUGAGAGUCUGCCACCGUGAAGCCUACCUUCCUGUCCUGACAGCCCUCAUGCCCUGUGCACCUGGUGUGAGCUAGGAGGUGGCACACGAGGAAGCCGCACCCCUGCAUCCCAGCCCUGACUGCACCGUGGGGUUCCCUGUCUGUGAGGGCAGCAGGGUCUGCCUGGGGAGGAACCGUGCCUGCUCUGUCCAGGGGCUUGGCCCUUCUGGCCUGACUUACCCACCCCCAGGGUCACCCACCCUGAGUUUGUGGGGUUGAGGAGAUGGAUGUAAAUCAGGAAUUCUGGAGGACCACUAUCCUUUCAGAGGCUGGAGGCCCUGGGCCCCCGCUGGAAGGGAGCCUGCCCCCUGCCAUGAACUCCAAGACAGCAAGCAGUGGGUGAUCUGAAGGAGCACUUAGCUGGGUGGGUAGGGAACUCGGGUGAGCUUCUGUAUGGCCAAGAGCUGGACUUCGGGGGCUUCAGCCCCCCUUCCUCCUGGGCUGACUAGGAGAGACCAGGCUUCCCAAUGCCCCUUCCCUGCUUUGGGGGCUUUUUGAUAAUAUAAAUAUAUCUGUAUAUUUUACCCCAUGGUGCUGAGGCCUGUGAUUGGUUAAGGGGAUCAGGUGUCUUGGGGUAGAGGGGUCAGGAGGUUGAGAGGCCCAGAAGUGAGUGCCCCGAAGCCGGGGACCUGGGUCCUCUCACAGAGCCUGAGCUGUUCACUCUCCCCUGCCCCAGGUGAAGGCCUGGCCUGGCUCCAUGCUGUCACCUUGUAUUCUGUACCCACGGUGGGGAGUGCUAGUCUAGCCAUGGCCCAGUCCUGAUUCAGCCAGGGUAGACCCCAGCUGGGCCCAAGCCCUGGUCCCUGCUGCCAUGUGGCAUGUGGCUGGCUGAGGCAGUCCCUCAGCAGCCACUGCUGGAGACGUGAGGUCACAGAAUUACAGGAGCUGUUUUCAGAUAAAUUAGGAAGAAGGACCUCCAGGUCCCUCUGGGUCCUGUGCACCCUUUCAGCAAUGGGCGCUGCCCUGCACCAGAUAGCUGCCCUUCCUGGGCCUUGUCUGGUCCUCUCUGGGAGACAAGGCCCUGGCAAGCAGGGGUGACAACAAGCUGUUUAGAGAUGGAUUUGGGACUCCCUGGGAAGGUGCCAGACACCACAUUCCUGCCUCUCCUGUAGCCUCAUUACUGGCCUCUCUCCAGGGGUCCAGCCUGCAGACAGGCUGACUGCUUCCCCUUGCUGUUCCAAGGGGCAGAGAAUGGACCAGGUGACCUCUGACCCACGUCAUCUGGCUCCAUGGGGAGGCCUGGGUGUGAGUGCGAACCCUGUCGGGAGUGGAUGCUAAGAGACUGGGACGACUUGCCUGAGCUUCACUGGCAGCUUUCACAGGCUGGGGCUAAGCCCCUUGAGUCUGCCACCUCUUGUCCCUCCCUGGGUGGGCUGCUCCAGACUGAUAUUUUGAACAUCUGACCUACAGUCAGAACAGGGCUAAUGGGCCCCCUUGUCCAGGUGCUUGAGGGCUGGAAUUCUUCCCUGGAUUGGACCUUGGACUAACCAUUCCUGGGGCCCAGAGAGUAGGUGGGAUGGGACUGCCCUCUGGGGGUGGGGCUGGAGACUCCCCACCCCCCACCAUGCUGCCAGUGUCACUGCUUGAGCUUGGGGACUGGCUGCAGUGACUGCGUUUGGCCACUAGGGGGUAGCCGUAGACAGCAUUGCUGGUCCCAGAACAGUCUGGCGAACCCCAGUGUGGUCACGCUGGUCCAGGCCUUGGCCAGGGGUGGGGUGGGACCUGGCCCUGCCUUUGGCCUCUCUUCUGGUGGUAUUCGGGAUGACAGCACUGUGCAGGAAUGUGCCUUCGACUUUGGAGUUCUAGGAGCAGGAAGAGGAAACAGCUGUUUACCAAGCACCUACUGUAAGCACCUGUACUCUAUUCACCAUCAUCUCUUAGUAGAGGAGCCCUGGUGGUGCAGUGGCUAAGCGCUCAGCUGCUAACCGAAAGGUGGGCAGUUCAAUCCCACCAGCUGCUCCACGGGAGAAAGAUGUGGCAGUCUGCUUUCGUAAAGAUUUAUGGCCUUGGAAACUCUGGGGCAGUUGUGCUUUGUCCUAUAGGGUCGCUGUGAGUCAGAAUUGACAGCAACAGGUCUCUUAUUAAAGGAGAAAAGUUAGGCCCAAAGAAGGGAGGUGACUUGCUCAAGGUCACACAGCUCUCCUGAAUCAGGGCUGAGGUCCAUUCCACUGCCCCACUUCAGGGGAUUUUCUCCUAGACUUGUAUUCUAACUCCAACCCUGUAAACACGCAGAUUACGGGAGGCCCCAUCUGUGGCCUGGGGAAGGGGAUCUGAGCUGUCGGAUGUUCAUGAUAGCUUGAAGUGCUUUCUCUUGGGACGGGAUCACAUCCCAACAGGGACCUUCAGGGCUUCCACCUUAAUGAAUUACAACAGUGAUGACAGUGUUAGAUAGGUUAGGGCAGGGGGCUUUGCUGGCCUUUGUCAUAAGGAUUCCUAGAAAUGGGCCCUCCUGGGGGUGGUUUGUUCACGUAUCAUUUGAGUUUGGGUGGUGGGGGACAGUGAGGUGGGGGAUGGAGAGCUGGAUCUGCUAAGGGUUGGGGAGCAGCUGUUGGAGAGGAAGGGGCUUCCUGGAGGACGAGGUACUCCUGAGCUGGCCUCUGAAGACUGGAAGCCUGGUCAGGUGCACAUGGUGGGGAGGGGUGUCAUUUGGGGUAGGGGUGGGUUGAAUGUUA